GUUUGUUUUUAUGGAAAGACUUCCCUUUCAUUUCCUUGUUGCAUCAGAAUAUGAUCCGUUGUCCACUAUUUAAUUCUGGUGCUGAUCUCCAGCUCUUUGUUACGACUGCAAAUGUAAUUCCCCACCCCGCUAUAAGGGCGUAAUUAUUAACUUCUUUCAAGGCUGAUGUAUGCGCUGCUUCAUACAGGCUCCUUGGGAGAAUCUGAGUUUUCUCCACAGCCGGCUACUUUGUUCCCGUUUCACGGCCACGCUGUGUGUUGCUGCUUUUCGAAGCAAGCUUUGAAGUCCUUUAGAGAGGUGGGGUUAAACUACAUUAGCAUCAAAGUGGACUUUAACGUUUCUUAUCUGCUGUAGUACAAAUAAGCCUGUAUAUUGAUAAGAUGAUAUGUGAAAUAUUGUUUGAUCAUAGUGGAAAAGUCCUCAGGGUUUUAUUUCUCUUCAGUGCCUGCUUUUUUUUCUUUUUUCUUUUUUUCUUGAUGGAUCUGAUAUAAGUUGAAGGGAUUACUGUUUCCGUUCUGUUGCCUUCAGUCUUAGUUCACUUGCACACGGAUUCACACACAUUGAAUUCACAUGGAUUCACAUGGUGUAAUGGCUGGGCAACCAAAACUGUUGGCUUUUGAGAACUCAAAUUCUUUAACAGCAAACUGUUGCAAUGCAAGACCAUUUCCAUGUCUUUGUUGGAGACCUCAGUCCUGAAAUUACAACUGAAGAUAUAAAAGCAGCUUUUGCGCCAUUUGGAAGAAUAUCAGAUGCACGAGUGGUUAAGGAUAUGGCAACGGGCAAGUCUAAGGGAUACGGCUUUGUUUCCUUCUUCAAUAAAUGGGAUGCAGAAAACGCUAUUCAGCAGAUGGGUGGUCAGUGGCUUGGUGGAAGACAAAUCAGAACAAACUGGGCAACAAGAAAACCUCCAGCUCCAAAGAGUACUUACGAAACAAAUACCAAACAACUGUCUUACGAUGAUGUGGUCAAUCAGUCCAGUCCAAGCAACUGCACUGUGUACUGUGGAGGUGUUACCUCGGGACUGACAGAACAGCUAAUGCGCCAGACCUUUUCUCCGUUUGGGCAGAUAAUGGAAAUCCGUGUCUUCCCAGAUAAAGGAUACUCCUUUGUACGAUUUAAUUCCCAUGAGAGCGCUGCACAUGCAAUUGUUUCCGUCAAUGGCACAACUAUAGAAGGCCACAUAGUGAAGUGCUACUGGGGCAAGGAAACACCAGACAUGAUCAGUCCAGUCCAGCAGAAUCAAAUCGGAUAUCCCCAAGCUUACGGGCAGUGGGGUCAGUGGUAUGGAAAUGCGCAGAUCGGCCAGUACAUGCCCAAUGGCUGGCAAGUCCCUGCAUAUGGAAUGUAUGGGCAGGCAUGGAAUCAACAAGGAUUUAACCAGACACAGUCUUCAGCAGCAUGGAUGGGAGCAAACUACAGUGUUCCACCGCCUCAGGGGCAGAACGGGAGCGUGAUAACUAAUCAAACUGGAUAUCGCAUGGCGGGCUUCGAAACGCAGUGAGAAAAGGACUCGGAAACCAAACACUGGUGGGCUUGAGGCUGCGAGGAGGGUUGUCAAGCCUCUGUUUACUGAACAGAAUCACCCGAUCAAGUCAGUGUGUCAGAUACAAUGUAUUUAUUUAAGAAAAAAACAUGGGGAAAAAAAAGCGUUUUUAAUCAUGAAACUGUCAUCCACAUUGUUUAAAAAAAAAAAAAGAAAAA